AUGGAAGAAGUUAAUGUUGUGCCUGAAUGUUCAGAAGAACUAAAACCUGUUGUUGGUCAGUGUUUCCAAUCACUUGAUUUUGCAAUCGCUUUUUACGAUGUGUAUGCUCGAGCAGUUGGUUUUGAGACGUGCAAACAAGGAGUCAAAAAAGUAGAAGGUGUUACUAUUUGGCAGUAUAUUGUAUGUACUCGUCAAGGUAAGAAGAGGACAGAGGAGGAGGAUAUGGUGAACGCCAGACAUGGUUUCACGCUGAAAAGGAGACGUUUAUCCAACCGGUGUGCCUGCCAAGCGAAGAUAUCAUUUCGUUAUUUCUCCGAAGGCGGACGUCCCGGAUAUAAGAUUCAUGAGUUUGUAGAGGCACAUAACCAUACCAUGGUGGAGAUGCAACAUAAGCCAUUCAUGUCUAUAAAUCGAAAUCUGACUGAAGUGCAUGAGAAAUUCAUUCUAGACUGUUCAAGGGCUAAUAUCGGCCCCACUUUGACUUUUAAAUUCCUGAAGGAGGUAUUGGGAGGCUACCAGAUGGUGGGGUGCACCGUUGGGGAUAUACGUAAUGCAUCUCGAGACAUUAAAGCGUAUGCUCAAGGUUAUGAUGUUCAGAUGGUAUUGGACGAGAUGCGUAGGAAGAAGGAACUAUCUGAUGCAUUUACAUAUCACUAUGAAGUUAAUAGUGAGAAUCAGUUGGACAAUCACGGGAGACCUGUUACAUUCGCUGCUGGUCUAGUUUCGAAUGAGAAGACAAGUGCAUUUGCUUGGUUGUUUAAACAUUUUAUUGAGUGCAUGGGUGUUGCACCCAAAAUGAUGGUCACGGACCAAGAUUUGGGAAUGCGGUCGGCUCUUGAGGAAAUUCUAGUUGGCACUAGACAUCGGUGGUGCAUGUGGCAUAUAAUGCACAAGCUUGCGAUCAAAGCUCCGAAGAAGCUCCUCACAAAUGAAAAUUUCAAGAAGGAUUUCCAUGCUUGUGUUUGGUCCGAAUUACACGAACCGGAGGAGUUUGAAGAAAUGUGGGAUGCUAUUAUUGUAGAAUAUGGUCUAGAAAAUGAGGAUUGGUUCAGAACCAUGUAUCGGCAUAGGAAGUAUUGGAUACCUGCUUAUUUUCGUGAUUUUCCGCUGGGAUCGAUGAUUCGGACCACAUCAGUGUCUGAGUCUGAAAACAGUUUUUACAAAAUCUUUCUGAAGCCUCGGCUAAAUCUUGCUGAAUUCUAUUUGAGUUUCAAUAAUGCCUUGGAAUCUCAACGUAAUUCUAAUGCAAAGUUGGACUACGCAGAUUCAACUCUUGUGCCAAUUUUGGCCACUGACCAGCCUUUCGAAAAGCAUGCAUCCACAUUAUUUACCGACUCUAUGUUCAGAACCGUGCAGGAAGAAAUUGUGGAGGGUUGCAUCAGAUGUAAGAUUGUUGGUAUGUCAUCCGAAGGCAUGAUUGAUUGCUAUAAAGUAGGUGACAGCCACCGAAACACAUUUGUGGUGACACGUGACAAGUCGGACCAGUCGUACGUGUGCGAAUGCAAGUUGUUUGGCAGGCAAGGGUUUCUGUGCUGCCACAUAUUUUACUUAUUCAAGAACAACAAAGUGAAGGUCAUUCCUGAUAAGUACUCUGAAAGCAGGUGGAUGAAGACGCCAUUGGUAAAGACUGUACAUGGAUACACGGCUGAUGUGUUUCAAAACAAUGAUGCCCAAGAUGAGAAGUUGAUUUUAUUAAAUGAAGUGACGUCUAUUUUCUUCAGUUGCCUUGCUAGUUGCCUUCACCCUCUUGACGUUGUCCAAAGAAAAGGGUGUUGUAGUACGAAAGGCAAGCGCAUAAUUUCAAAGAGGGAGAAGGAUAUAAAGGAGCACAAUAGACCUUUGAGGAGAUGUAUGAAUUGCCUAGAUAUGGACCAUAACGAUUCCCAGAAUUGCCCUGAAAAUGCGAAUGGUAAGGGCAAGGAGAAAUGCUGA